UGGGUGCCUGGUUCUCCUGAGCGGCUUGAAGCAAUCGCUCUGUGCCAGCAGAGGGAUUAUAAUCACCUCCUUGAUGAUCUCGAGCAUCGUGCAAUAUCGCAUCAGUUUGAAGUUGAGAAGAUGGGACUUCCAAGGACAGAUUACAAGGCUCACCAGCAAAUCCUAUCUUUAGUGGUGAAGUGGGGCAAGACACUUAACUCGACACUAGAGAAAUACAACAAUCUUGCAUCCACCAUGGAUCCCCUGAAGCCAAGACUCAGUUGGGAGGAUGUAACCAGCCUCGAGUUCAUAUCAGAUAUCGUGAUUUUAUGGGGCCAUGACGAUGUACAUGAGAAACCAUGGGCAAAGCCCCUUCUCUGCAAGGCCACCCGAGCUUGGCAUAAGCUUCAACGAGCCCGUGAAGAGAUUGACACUGUCAGACUUGAAGCUUGUCGGGUAUGGACCUCAAUGGAAAAUGAGGAGGCUUGGCUGCGAGGUGCCAUUGAGAACACUCGAUCGACCAAUUCCGCUCUGGCAAGAUAUAUUUCCGCUACUUCCCAAUACCACCUCAACAUCAAUGCGCACCUGCGUUCCAAACUCGCCCAGCUGGAUAAGCUUGCACAUUUUUUAACUGGCGACAGGUGUCAGGGACACAUCCGGGGUCAAGGCAGCCCGAGGGUAGUGCCUGGCACUGAGGCCGUUGCGGGGUGUGGAGUGGGCGUGUGUACUGGCGAGCCCGGUCCAGGACGAUGGUCCCUGGCCACUCAGACUGAAGUGGGAACUGUGAGUUGUUAUUAA